CUUUUCUUUUUAUGACUGGAUAAUUAUAUUCUACCAUUUUUACACUUUCUUUCGCUUGCGCCAUUCCUUUACUCCAACUCCCUUUAAGCAUCCCCCAUUCCAAUCAUUAACGCCCUCCCAAAGAAAAAAAAAUAAACCAUGGAUGCCAUCAUUAACAUUGAUAAUGCUAUAAAAUUACUUAAUUACACCUAUCAACUAACCUUACAGCUGAUCGAUGACUGGCAAAGUGUUGGCCCUGAAGGAAAAACCCUAUUAAAAGAAUGUGAAUUGUUCGAAGUCAUCAUCAAAGAUGUUAAAAACAAACCACACUUGCCCAUCACUGAAAUUCUUGCCAGUGUAGAUAAAACCCUUAAUAGUACUAACGAUAUGAUCACCCAGUUCUUGGAACGAGAUAAAAAACAACGAGCCUCAACAUUUGGUACUAUCACUUGGAAGGUGAAGCGGGUAUACCUCGCUCAUGACUAUAGAGCCACAUUUAAAUCAACCUCCGCCCAUCUUGAAGCGAGCAAAAAAAAGAUUGAGGACACUCUACGACUAUCUGCGAUUGUCAGCAAGCCUACGAUACACUGGUAUAGAGAUGAUAUGCCAAAUCAUGAAAGUUUUCUUUUCUGGAAGGAAAUGUGUGGUGAAGACUUGCAAGCAAAAGAAGGUAAUACCUGGGAUCUCUUUGUUAAAAACUACCAGAUGAAAUACGGUGUGGACUGGAAUGAUGAUAUUACUGAACGUAUACGACGAGUGGCCUGCAGUGGUGGUGGUUCUGGUUUGACAAUUGCUGGAUAUAUAUGUUUGAUCAAACUAUGUGAUUUCCCUCUCAAUCUCGAAAAAUUACCCACUUUGAUGGAUUCUCAUGCUACCGUAUCAGCACAGACUCGUAUGGAAGUAGCAAAAAUGGUGAAUGAAUUAAUCACUUAUUAUUCCACAAGAGAAAUGCGUGACCUGAUUGUGGCCAUCUUCACCUGGUUCAAGGAUACCGAUAAGCAUGAUAAAGUUGCUUGGCAAGAAAGAGCCAAUGAAUGGGCUCGCCAGUUAAUGAACAAUCGCGGCAAAAAGUAUGAUGAAUUGGAUGAGGAAGGUAGAUUGGUGGAACAAGUCGACAUGGCCAGAAGAACUUAUUCCUUUUUCUUUCAACGUUAUAUGGUUGUAUUCAAAAUAGGUCAACUAAGUAAAGAAAUGUUUGCUGAAGUGGAUUUCCCAGGGAAAGCAAGAAUGUAUGAAUUCAUCAACUAUGUUCGCCCAUUAGAUCAUGCCAAUUAUCAUAUUGUUAUCCAUGGUGAUCCUUCUGAAUGGAUUGCCAAACAACCCAAAGUCUACACUUUUUUGGAAGAUUUUAUUGCGACAGAAAAGAGAGCAAAAAGACUUGCAAAAGAAAAAGCUCUCAAAGCUGCUGCGAAUCAAUCAUCAAGGCAAGAAAACGAUUUGUCCAAUGUUGUUGCUUCUGUUGCUGUAACGAAUCCUUCAUCUCAUGAUGCCAAGGUAGAAAUCAGUUCUACUGAUAUAUAAGUUUUUGCUCUUUCUUUCAUUUUUUUUUUUUUUUACUCCUUGCAUAAAAUCGACUUUUGCCUUGUGGCAAGCCAAACAAC